GUGAUUAGUGAAAGAGAGAGGGUGUCAUGUGACUUUUUGAACCAAGCAAACUUACAAAAGCUAAACAACAAAAACCUUUUCUUCCUUCCUUCCUUCUCUCUCUAUACAUAUCUAAUAUCUUCCUUACCCUUUCCCUCUCUUCUACAUACACAUACACCCUUUCCCAAUUACCAUAAAUUUUGAUUAUUGGAGUGAGAAACUAAAGCUAAACAAAGAGAAAGAAGAAGAAAAAAAGAAAGAUAGGAAUUAGAACCCACUUCUAGUUUCACUUUCUAGGAAUAAGAAUACUCAUUCUUUCAUUUCCUUACAACAAAAACAAAAACAAAACCACCCAAAAACAAAACAAUAUCUUCAAAAUAUUUUAAAAAAAAUCUAUACUUCUACUUCUAUAUAAUAGAGAAUAUAUAGAAUGUGAAAUAAAUAAAAAUACCCUUUUUUUAUGUUCUUUUGGGUACUCACUCUACUGCUAUAUACUGUUGUAAAAUCAGUAUUAGAAGAAGAAAGUUUCAGUCUUUGAUCAGCAAAAAAAAAAAAAUAAAAUAAAAUUGAGCAGCCAUUAAAAUUAGGUGUGGUGGCUACUACAAGGAGAUUAUCGUCAGAUUCGGGGGCGUUUGCUGAUUGGGUGGCUUCAUCUACAAGCAACGCUGAUAAAAGUAAUGAUCUUUCAUUAGGAUUCAAUGCUGGUUCUUCAGCAACCCCAUCUGGACCCACUUCUGUUUCCGGGUCUUUAUGGCCCGGUUCAUCUCGUGGCCCUACUUUAACUGGGUAUGGGCUUCCUCCUGAAAUGGGUAUGUUUGUUGUUGCUCCUGCUACUUCUUUUCAGCAUGAUCCAUCCUUGAUCGUUGAUCAUCAUCAUCAUCAUCAUGGUGGUAUUGGUGGGAUCAAUGGUGGAAAUAACGCCACAACUGCUUUAGGAGUUGGGGUUGGGGUUAUUCCCCUUCUUACCGCCGGGCCAUGUUUAAACAUGGGCGGCGGAAGUGGUGGUGGGGAUAAUGGAGGUAUUACUUUGGACGGUCAUGAUGCAUUUGGAAGUCGGAAUCAUCGGACGGGUGCAAUUAACUUAUGGAAUACUAUGAACCAACAAAAUCAAAUGGGUGGUGGUAGUAGUACCAAUUACCCGAAAAAGAGUAUAAAUUUUGAUCCGGGUAACCCGAAUUUCUUACCUUCUCCGAGUACCUCUGCCAUGGGAUGCGGCGGAGGUGGGACCACAACUUGUCAGGAUUGUGGGAAUCAAGCUAAAAAAGAUUGUAGUCAUAGAAGGUGUAGGACUUGUUGUAGGAGUAGGGGUUUUGAUUGUUCUACUCAUGUUAAAAGUACUUGGGUUCCCGCUGCUCGGAGGCGAGAACGACAGAUGAUGACCGUUGGUGGAGCAACGGGCAGUCAAGCUGCCGUGGGCGGUGGAGGUGGUGGCGGGGCUUCUUCUGGCUCCACCUCGGGAGCUAAGAAGCCUCGCCUUAUCUCCUCCCAAAAUACCGCUACUACUUCACAUACUUCUACCUCUAAUACUCCACCUAGGAGCUUCGAAACUAGCUCUAGCCACCAAGAUGCGAGUUUUAAGGAGUCAUUACCGGGACAAGUGGAAGCACCAGCCGUGUUCAAAUGUGUUAAAGUAACAGCAAUGGAAGAUGGUGAGGAUGAGUUUGCAUACCAAGCUGUGGUUAAGAUAGGUGGCCAUGUUUUUAAGGGCUUUUUAUAUGAUCAAGGAGCUGAAUCUAGAGAUCAUGCUGGGUUUCCGAACAUGUCCGAGUUGAAUUUGGGUGGCGGUAGUGGUGGUGGUAGUAGUGGUGGAAGAAAUGGUGGUGCUUCGUCUACUUCGCCGCUUCUUGAUCCAUCGGAUGUCUAUGGAGCUUCUGGUUCUGGUGGUGGCUUACUUGGUGGUUCAAGCUAUGGUAAUACUAUUAAUUGAGAAAAUAAAACACCCGAAAAUGGAAAAAGAAAUUAAUACUAUUUUAACAUUUUGUGCAUCGAGCUGCCUUAUGAGAGGUGAUGAAUUAAGUUGUUCUUUUGAGUCUUUUGAUACUAUUGUUGAAAAAUGCAAAAGAUUCAAAAGCAUUGUUGUGCAAAGCUUAAUUACUCUUGUAUUCUAAUAACUAUCUUGAUUUUUAUAUCUUUAUUGGUCUAAAUUUUUCUUAUCAAUGAAUAGGGUUUUAAUUGAUCAUUUCGAAUUCUUCUAUGAUUUCAUCUCAUUUCUCUGUUUAUUUGAAUUUGCUACGCAGCGUCUAAAACGUUUCAUUUCGCUAUACAUUUGCAUUAUGUACCAAAUUUAGAGAGACAGCCCGAUGCAUUGUUGAAAUGCAUUAGAGAUUAGAAACUUAGCAUGCAAGGAAAGUAUGUGUUAUAUUUUGUAACAUGAUUGGUGCUUCUUUUGCUAACUUUAUUAUUCUUGUUUUAUAAACCCUUCUAUUUUUGUUUAAUUAUUUAAUUUAUUUUUGUUUUGUGCUUCUGUUACUUCUGGCAUUGGAAUAUUGGAUAGCAAGGUAUGAUUUUUUUUGCAGGCACAACCAAAAUUACUGAUCAUUUCACAGCAGACAGCAUAGUAUGGUAUGAAUACUUACCUUUAUUGUGUGUAGCAUUUUUGUCUUGCUUAUGAUAACACUGUUCAAAUCCUGUUCAUUACCUUUUCUGCUCCUUUUACACUUCUAUAUUUAAUUACAUUUCUAAGAAGGUAAAUUAAUUUUAUUAGUGCUUUUAUUUUGUCAAGCUUAACACUCCCUCUAUUCCGAAUUAGUUGUUUGCCGUUAGCAGUGGAGAUCCUUGUUCAUCGUUCUAUCCUAAUGCGAGUUCUUAUGUUUUAAGCGUAUUAACAUAUCAGAGAUUCACAAGUCACAACCGUCAGCUUAAGCUUUUGGUUGAAUUAGUCAUUCUAAGAGAGUAGAGUUAAUUUUAUUGGUUGAAUUAGUUGUUUUGCCGAUGAUAACGAUCGAGAUCCUACUCCAUCAUUCUAUCCUAACACGAGCUCUUAAGUUUUAAACGUAUAUGACCCGCUAGUGCUAUAACCUAUUAUAGGUUCACAAGUUACAACUGUCAGCUUAAACUUUUGGUUGAAUUCGUCAUUCUAAAAGGGUAAGAGUUAAUUUAAUUGGUUGAAUUAGUUCUUGUGCCGAUGAUAGCGAUUGAGAUCCUACUCCAUCAUUCUAUCCUAACGCGAGUUCUUAUGUUUAAGCAUAUAUCACCCGCCAGCAGUGCUAGUCCUAGCCGUCGGUUUAAGCUUUUGGUUGAAUUAGUCCUUAAAAUGGUAACAAAUGCCUAGGUUGUGAAUGUUGAAUUAAGCUCUUAUGUUUAAGCUUUUGGUUGAAUUAAGCUCGAACCUCUCCAACCUUCAUUGAUCCAAACGACAAAUAUUUUAUGUUAGGUUACAUCACAUGAUCAUUAAGAUUUCUAAAGUUAUAUAUAUAUGGUGAACUAAAAACUAUACCCUUAACAUACUCUUUGUUCAGUUUGGUUAGUUUAGUUCAUUAGGAACUAAAUUUGUGAAUGUUGGCCUUUCACCAUUAUUAGUCUGGCCCGUUGUAGGACUUCUAAAGAUUUGGGAUAGUAGUUGCAAGGUCACUAUCAUUUAUUGCCUUACAAGAACAAAAAGAAAAAUUGAAGAGGAGUACUGCUGUACAGUUCAUUACAUACUCUAUACAUUAUUUUGAAGGCUUGUCCUUAUCAUUUGUCAAACAAAGCUUUACUUUUUCUCACUAUUUUCUAAGUAUACAAUUUGUUGUUGCAUUCUUGCAUGCAUUCAUCAAUGCCUUGAUGUACUUGCUUCUUUACCCUAUUUGCUUACUUGAGAUCAAUUUUCCUUUAUAUGCUACUAAUGGGUAUGUCCUUCUGUGUUUCCAUAAGUGUUUUACUUAGAAAACUAUGCAUCAACACUAAGAUGGGUUAGAAGAUCUAAUCUUAGGUCUUUUUUUGAUGUUCACGAAGUAUCCGGAGGUAGUUUAGGAGCGAAAACCGAGAUUGGUAUUAAAGUCAAGUUUAUCGUAACUCACUAUUUUGCUUAAACGAGAAACUUGUGUGAACUUAUUGUUUUUUAAUAUGGUUUGAACUAGUCUUAAGAAGUGCGAGUUAGCAGAUUGGAGAGUGAAGCGGGGUGUUUUUUGGUCUUCUCGACAUAUUAUGUGUGGUUUGGGUGAUAGUUGCCAAGUUUUAGGGUAAUUUAGGAAAACCCGAAUUUGAGCUUUUUAAUCUAAUUAUUGAGUCGGGUUUAUCGUUAGUCGUUAACCCCUAUUGCUGGGGCAUUAUUUGAUAAUCCCGACAUAUUAUGAGUGCUUUGGGUUAUAAUAGCCGAAAUACCGAUGCAUUUUAGGAGAAAUUCUCAAUAUUGAUCUUGUUUGUCGAGUCUUAGAGACGAGAUUUAUAUCACUCACGUAUACUACAUGGAGGUAUGUAUCCUUUGUAUCUAGCUAAUAAUUAUAAUCAAGGAUGAUCAGCCUAAGAUAAUUAAGUGUACAGUCCUUUUGAUGUGAUUCCGUGUUUGAUUAUAUAGAAACACAUGUUAUUAUAGUUUAAUCAUAUAAUUUGUUUGUUAAUGAUGAUUGUGGAUAUGCAUGCUCCAAUUUGUCUACCUCUUUUAGCUAUUUUAUGUUUUUUCUUGGCCUACAAUUGCUGACUUAUAGGCGUAAUACGGCGAUGUUCAUAUGGGUUUGUCUCUAAAGGUUUUGUUUUUUCUUGGCCCUGAUAUGGUGCCCCUCUUGGAAUGUCUUCAUUUUUGCAACACACUUUUGGAUUUUUUGUUAUUCAAGUCGAGAAUCGAGUUUUAUCUUAAAAUCUUGAGCCCUAUCUCUCAACUUAUUUUGUAAUUCCAAAAAAAAAAAAUGUCGUUUUUGAAGGAGUAAAUUUCUAUAGUUGUUUUUUGGAAUUGUUUUUCUUUCAAGUUUCGUCUCGAUGGAUCAGGGACAUAUAUCUAAUCUAAAGAGUUGUCGUAUGUGGGAGUGUGAUAAAAUAUAUAUGAUAGGAUCUUUUAACUUGAAUUUACGGCGGCGAGUAAACUAUCCAACUCAUUUAAUCUAAUUAUCACUUGAAAUUUGUAUGCAAAAUAUGUCCCUAGGAUGAUGUGAAUAUUACAUGCUAUUCUAUGAUAACUUAAAGAAGACUCUUUUUGAUGAAAUAUUUCUUGAUGGAGGGCUAGAAUUUUGCAAGAAUAUAUAUUAAGGUGAUUUCUCUUUUCUCUUGACCUAUAAUAGUGCCAUCUUUUUGGCUUUCAAUUCAUGCAUCUUAGCAAGUCCACAUGCAUUAAAAAAAGAAAAUAGUUUUAGUUGAAAUUUGAUAUUCAUGUGAAGUUGUAGAUAUAUUAAAUACAUAAUAUAAUGAAGUAGCAUAUUUUUACUAACAUAUGGUUGUGUAUACUCCAUUCCUAAAACUCCGUUUAGACGAUAUGGAACAAAUUAAAUUUCUCGCUUUGUGCUUUAAUGUUUUAAUCAUAAAUAGCUAUUAAUUUCUGUCCUUUUGAAUUUGCUAUUUUAUGCCGAAGUGAAAACUUUUUAAUUGUAAUAUUGCAAAUUCAAAUAUAAAAACUCAAGCUAGAAUUUUUUAUUUGUUGAUAGAUUCAUGACUUUAGUUCUCGUACAAAAUCUUAUUAAUAUUUUGUUACUUUAUGUCAUUAAAUAGUUUUUAUUGAGAUUGUUUUUUAAGAGUCAGAUGUACAGUGACUUAUGUAGCAUCACUAGUUAUUGAGAGUUAGAUUUUUCAUGUUUGGCUGAUUGCCCUUGUUAUGUCUCCCUAUAUGUUGAUUAGUAACCAUGUCAUGUCCCUUGAUACACACAAUUAUGAGUUUAAUUAGGAGAUUAGUCAAUAAUUGUAGUUAGUCUA